AUGUCUGAAAGAGGCAAUUUUGUCCUCCUACCAAAUGUUUCAGCGGAGUUCGACAACGUUUCUUUCGCAAAGCACCAAUCCAUUGGUUUCGAAUGGUUCCCGUCGUUUCAGCUGAUUGCUACGGUCAUCUACGCAGCCAGUUUCGUAGUCGGAUUUGUGGGCAAUUUUUUAGUUGCUGUUGUUUUUCUUAAGGACAAGGGCCUGCGAAAGACGGUGACCAAUUUCUACCUGCUGUCCCUCAGUAUGGCCGAUCUGAUGAUCAUCUCUUUCUGUUUGCCCGUAGCCGUAUACGACCUUCAUUCAGGUGACAAAUGGCUGCUUGGACCAAUAGUGUGUAAGUAUGACUCUACUCUGUUUUGUAAAUCCGUCAGUUUUUUGCAGUUCUGGUCUGUCAGCGUGCUAAUCUGCAACAUUAUGGCCAUUACAGUGGAGCGCUACAUCAUCAUAUGUCUUCCGAUGAAGAAAUCUCUGUUUAGUCGCAGAAAUACCCAGAUGAUCAUAUGUGCCCUGUGGAUUUCGAGCUUCAUUGUUAGCUUUCCCCUGCUGAUAUUCACCGUUCAUCAUCGAAUAACGAUUGAAACGUCAAGUGACGAGGAGCCAAUAUUUUCUUGCAAUAUCGAGUGGUUCGGAAACGAGGCCUAUUUUCAAUGUCACAUCGCUAUGUUCUACAUUAUACCCGGAGUUCUGAUAUGUAUCAGUCAUGGAAUAAUCAUCCAUAAGCUCAAACGAGGUGCUCCAGAAUUCCGGACUUCAGAAUCGCGAAUAUUCGGACCUCAGAAACAGGACAUAAACAGACAGUUGAUCGUCAUCCUGAUAGUGCUCGUACUGAUGUACUUCAUAUGCCUGCUUCCGUACAACGCGAUCGUGUUUCUGCUGGUCACGUUUCCGUCCUCGCUGGCCAGCGUCGACUACGACAUGUUCUACGGCAUUCUCACUGUGGCUCGUAGCCUGUUCUUCAUCAACUCAUGUGCCAAUCCGGUAAUUUACAACGUGUUCUCGAGAAAUUUUCGAAGCGCCUUCCGAAGGGUAUUCGGUAGCGGCGCCAGGAAUCACAUGAGGACUAGCGGCGACUACGCCAGAAUCACCAUGGUUCAAUCGUCCAGCAAGAGGGCCAGAGCCUCGAAGCCAGCGUCCCUGUUGAAUCGGCAGAGGACUUGCGCGGUUGAUUCGCCGAAAUGCAACCAGCAGUACAACGGAUAG